ACUGUUGGCUUUCUACGUCGUUUGUCGGGACUCCCUCCCUGCUCUUGUUGCAGGGGCGGGGAAGGGGGCAGAGCGGAGAAAUCCCAGACGCGCCAGGAAACAGACCCGUGUCAGUUUUAUCGUCUCUUCAGUCUCCCAGGUCCGCCCUCCAGCAUUAUAGCCAGCGCCUCCAGAUGAUUUGAUCCCCAGCAGUCAGGAUGGAAAGGCCGAGCAUGCUCACCCAGGCCUCGGUGCUGCCUUUCUUCGACCCCAGUCAUGCUCUCAACAUUCUGCAAGGCAUCAAUGAGCUGCGAGUGGAGCGCAAGUUUUUUGACAUGACCCUCUGGGUGGACGGCCAGGACUUCCCCUGUCACCGCACCGUGCUAGCCGCAGCCAGCCACUACUUCAAGGCCAUGUUCGCUGGCCGGCUGAAGGAGAGCUACGCCGAGCGGGUGGAGCUGCACGGGGUGAAGGCCGAUAUUCUGGGCCUGCUGCUGGACUUCUCCUACACCGGCCAGGUGACUGUCACCCAGAGUAACGUGGAGCCUCUGGCCCGAGCCGCUGACCUCUUCCAGUUCCACUCUGUGAAGGAGGCAUGCUGUGCCUACCUGGAGCGCCAGCUGGAUGUGACCAACUGCCUGGAGAUCCAGGAAUUCGCUGAGGCCUACGCCUGCAGGAGCCUGGCUGAGAGCGCCAAAAGCUUCAUCCUGCGCCACAUCAUUGAGCUGUCGGAGGAGAAGGAGUUCGAGGCGUUGCCUCAGCGCCGGCUGCUUGAGUACCUGUCCGACGACAGGCUACACGUCGACAAGGAGGAGGUGGCCUACCAGCUGGCCCUGCGGUGGGUCAAGGCUGAUCCCAAACGCCGGUUGCGCUUCUGGCCCGAGCUCUUCGAGCACGUGCGCCUGCCCUUCAUCCGCCGCUUCUACCUUCUGGCCUACGUGGAAAGCGACCCGCUCGUCUACUACUCCCCGUUCUGUCUCAAGCUCAUCCACCAGGCCCGGGCCUUCCAGUCUUCUGAGUACGACCGGCAUGACUACCCGUGCGAGAGGAUGAGGGCUCGCCCCUCCACCGGCCUGGCCGAGAUCCUGGUGGUGGUGGGCGGCUGCGACAAGGAUUGUGACGAGCUGGUAACGGUGGACUGCUUCAACCCACAGACUGGCCAGUGGCGAUACCUCGCUGAGUUCCCUGACCACCUGGCUGGUGGCUACAGCAUCACUGCCUUUGGCAAUGACAUCUAUGUAACCGGUGGUUCUGAUGGGACGUCAUUAUACGACUGUGUGUGGCGAUACAAUUCCAGUGUGAAUGAGUGGACUGAGGUUUCUCCCAUGCUGCAGGCCCGUGAGUACCACAGUUCCGUUGUGCUCAAGGGACACAUUUACAUCCUUGCCCAUAACAGCUUGGAACGCUACGAUCACUCUGUCGACAGCUGGGAGGCCCUGCAGCCAAUGCCAUUUCCCAUGGACAACUGCUCAAGCACAGCCUGUCGGGGCAAGCUAUACACCAUUGGAACCCUUGCUGGCAAGGAAUCGAUGGCGAUUCAGUGCUACGACCCUGAGACUGACUUGUGGAGUAUGGUGACAUGUGGCUCAUUGCCUCCGUGGUCGUUCGUGCCAAAGACAGUGACUCUCAAUGGAUUAAUAUACUUUGUCCAGGAUGAUUCUUCAGAGGUUGAUGUAUAUAACCCAACAAAGAAUGAAUGGGACAAGAUCCCACCAAUGAAUCAGGUCCAUGUUGGGGGAAGUGUGGCUGCUCUGGGAGGAAAGCUGGUCGUCUCUGGAGGCUAUGAUAACACCUUUGAAUUAUCUGACGUAAUUGAGGCCUUCAACUUUCAGACUGGCUCCUGGAGCAUUGUGGGCCAUCUUCCUCAACCUACCUUCUGGCAUGGGUCUGUCAGCAUCUUCCGGCAGUUCAUGCCCACUGCCCGGGUCACCUUCGAGGGCACUGCCAAUGACAACCAUAACAAUGAAAUAAACAGUCUAAAUCUAGCCCGGUAUCGAAGGCAUCUUCACAAUGAGAACCUCCGCCUUUUGCACUGACCAGAUGGGAAUGAUGGCUAAGAUCUGUACAGUGAAACCCGCUCUGAAGCUCUCAAAUCAGCUGGCUGUUCCCCUCUUCCAAAAGAUUGCCAUCCAAUAGUGAACUGCCUUGUGUCAAUUUAAUGAUCGCCUUUCCUAAUUUCAUUUAAAAGUUGUCCUUGUUGCCACAAUCAGCAGUCGCUGGUCCUACUGAAUUUGGUUUUACCUUGGUUUGCUCUAUUUGCCUGGGUUCUCUCUACCACUGGCUACCGGCUUGAUUAGUCUCUUGGGUUUCACUACAAGUGGGGAGAUGUAAGUUUUGUCUUCCUGUACUAUUGUUUGUUAUAAAGCAUUGGUUAAGAAAGAAAACCUGCCUUUGUGUAGCUCAAAAUCAUAUCCACUAAAAGCUUCACUUGCAAUCAAUUUACUUUUAAGUUCCAGCAAUGUAGAACAAUGAAGCAACCAUUCUGUGCACAGCAAAAACCAUGAACAGGAAUGUGGUUAAUAAUUAGUGAUAAUGUUUGAGGGAGGAAUAUUGGGGUGAUAGGACACUCAAGAACACCAGUAAUGUUCAAAUAAUAUGGGAUCUUUAACGUUUAGGGAGAUAGAAUCUCGGUUUAGUGCUCCAUUGGAGAGAUGUUGAGGGGGUAUGAUGCCUUCUUUCUAAUAAGAAAUUGAGUCCCAAUCAUCCAGACUGGACAACAUUAACAACCGUGAAACCAGAGCUUGAGUAGGUCACAAACUUAGGGCUUCCUUUUGUGUUGAUCUCCAGCCCAAAUUUCUAUAAUGGCUAAUGUUGUCAUUUAAACUCUGGGGCUGUUGUUGCUGGGCUGGCUGUGAGGGAGGAGCAAGAAAGUACGACUACGGUAAAACUCUGAUGGUUUGGCAACUGGCUCGGUGAAUGCUGAUUCCUGUGCCUCCUUUAAUCACACCAGGGCCCUGGUUCCCAUGCUCCCUUUAAACUUACUGGGUUUGCUGAAAAAUGUAUUAUUACAACAGUGUAAUCACUUUUUUUUAAAAAGAAGUGAAUUAAAAGUGUCUUGGGAGUAUUUGGAAUAAUAUCCAAUAAUUCAGAAAAUCUGCCAGUAGCAGCACCAGAGUGCCCGAUUAAUAGAACUCUACCGUAAUUGGAAUGCUCUAAUGCUGGCACAGGAAUUAUGGGAUGAAUGGCCACUUACAGUACUUUGAUUCUAUGAAUGCAACAGAUGGGCUGUCUGUCACAUGGCAUUGCAGAUGCUAUUUAAAAACAUUGUCAGUUAGUGUACAACACACCACCAAGUGCUGGACCCUCCAGUGAAACUACAUGUUACAGUGAGGUUGUACUGUAGGUCUGAAACCAAACUCAUGAUGUGGGGGUGGGUGAGUGAGACUGAAUACAGCCAAAUCUUGAGUACAUUUGGGUUUGGCCUUGUACUGCAACUCUUGUAAAGGUUAUUGAUAUUUAUUCGAUUGGAAGUGUUGUAGGUUUUGUUGGCUUUUUAAAAGGUCUUGUUGGAAUGCCUGAUGUUGGUCAAGUUAGGUGCAACUCGGUAUGAUCCAGCGCAAUGGAAACCAGGAAGGUGCCAGAUCCGUCUUCUAUCUGAUGCCCUCAACGACCCACUAGCUUUCUGCCAUUCACUAUUGACCAAAGAUUUGGAUUCAUAUCAGCUCUUUCAUAACCUAGGAAAUACUAAAGGGGCUUACUGGCAACCAAGUACUUAAAGUGUUUUUAUAAGCAGGGCAAUAAUUUGGGCAGCUAAUUUGUGCGCACAAAUUACCCAAUUAGUCAGUUGCAGUGUUGAUUGGAUAUGUGACACCAGAUGUAGGUGUGAAGGUAGGAAUGGAUUUGAGCUACGUAAGUUUCCUCAACAUCAGAAGAAUUUUAGGGGUGGGGCUGUUUCCAAUAUGGUAACAAUAAUUAGAGAACAUAAGCUACAAUUGCUCGCCCAAUCAGACUUAGGAGCCAUUGCUGCUACAAGCUAUAGAACACUAAUUAUUGUUUUAUCUUUAAGGCUGGUGUUCUGUUCUGAACAAUUUGAGCUGUGUUUUACCACAGGAAUGAGGUGUCUAACUUUUUUUAACUGUUGCUAGUGUUGUUUCUGAGUGUAUUGGAAUAGAGCAAAGAGCUCUGAGCACAGUCAUUCAAUAAAGGCUCUUGAUCUAAUCCAUCCUUCUUUAUAUGAAGGAGAAGUGAAGUGAGUUCCAGUUUGAAGGACCACUCAGUCUAUUCAAGGGUUGGUAAGGACUCCAAACAGACUUCACCAACGGCCUUUUGAAAGUACUGUCUUUUACAUUUUAAGGCUGAAUCUAAUCAGAUUAAAAUCUUGCAGCACCAGUCUGAGUGUGAAUCUCAAAUUGGAUUCCCCAAUUCUAAAUUCUGAACCCUCACCCAGAUGGCCAUGUGCUAUCUUUUAAUUUCCUUCAAACUGUUUCCCACUGUCCUCAACCUCAGCAAUUUAACCCCUAAAUCUUCAUACUGAAUCAAAACACUACUCAUAUUCAGAAGGAUAGGAUCUGCUUCUGGUAAAGGCUUGUUCCACAUUGCCUCCAUGAAUGAGUGGAAUGGAUGGGACACUUGCAUUAUUAUUUAUAAAUUAGUGGAAGUAGAUGAGAAUGCAAUUAAAUAUUGCAGGGUCGCUAGUUUAUCAUAAAUUGAAAAUUUUUGGCUAGCUAUUGGAAGAUCCUUUUGGAUUUUGAAAGUAAAUGUUGUGGAUAAUUCAGUGACUUGAACACAACGUGAAACAAAUUUGCUGCUGGCAGUAUUCUGGCCGGUUGUUUGGAAGGAUAUCAGAAGUGUUUUGUUCGUCUGUUCUUUGCACUCCUAAAGGCACCUAUUGCUGGGUUACGACUUGAGGCACUGUUUGCCAAUCGUCCAUUCUUUCUCUGUCAACUUAACCUACCAAUAUUUGCAUGAAAAGAGGUCAUUUGAUCACAGCUGGAACUGAGGUAUCCUCCCUUAUUAACUGUAGUCAGGAGUUUUGUUUCAUCCUUCCUCCUUAGCCUGAUGUGCUGAAGCCAAGAACAGUAAUCCCACUGCCUGGUGGCUUAAUGGAGAUAGUGGAGCCUGUGCCUUUGCUGGUUCAGAGUUCAGCUUGUGGAGAAACUGUUUCUCAAGGAAGAUUUUUUUUCAAAGAAAAUUCUGAAUUAGAAUAUUAUCUUUUGUAUAUUGAUGAGAAAUGAACACUUGAGGAAAGUUAAUACAAUUGCCUUUCAAAAUCUCUAGCAUCUGCUGUGAGUUUUGAGCACUAUUUCCUGGUUUAAGCUUGUUUUCAGUGUGUAUCUUUUGAAGUGCAGUGAAUUAUUGUACAUAUGUGCAGUUUAUAUUGAAGUUACAUUAUACAAAUUCCACUAAAUAAAAUGUUCACUC